AUGGGAAAUGCAUCAACAACAGAACGACAAGUUUUUAUGGUUCAACGAGUAUACGAAUCGACAUCUAGGAUCGGUUCAGCUUUCGCAGGAUCACGUGCACAUCCUGAAUUUUCAGAGGAGAACGGCAUGCAACUAUUGGAAGGUGUUAGCAAUUAUAAUAAUCUUCGCUUUCGAUUAACAUAUAAUCUUAUUGGUCACUAUAAAAAAUUAGGUAACGAUUGUAGUGCCAAACAAGAUGCGAAAGCAGCUAAAGAUAUGGCUACAAAGGCACGUGAACUUUGCAAUAUUCUUGCUGAAUUAUAA